UAUGUUCGUGACUUUAAUAGGGAAAAAAAGUAGGUGGUGCGCAUAGCUGCUAGCACCAUUAGAAGUAGCGGAGUUAGUGACGGACAUACUUGACAAAAAAAUGGUGGCGCGCGGAGCAGAGCCGUGUAGAACUGUAGAUAUUCUUCCUUGAGUUCCGAGUAAAAACAAUACGGACUACUGGAUUAAUACGCUAAUAACUUUUUGGUUAGUCCGAGUACACAAAUGAAAAGUAAGCAUGUCUCCUUGAUCCAAGGAGAGAAGGUGAUAAAGAAAAAGCUCAUAAACGAUUUCUAAUUCCACCUUGCGUGUUGAUCCGGGUAUGGUAAAAGCCUAAAAGAGAUUGCUCGUUAAAAUACCUGAUACAGUGAUACUCUUACAAGCGAACUUUGCUCGUUUUGUCCGAUAAGUUGAAUUUACGAUAGUUGCAAACAGAACGGUGAGUUUAUGGUGAUCUUUUGAUGCUCAAUACGUUUGGCAAGCACUAUGAUUGGGAGCAGUAGUGAAGAUGAUCAGUCAUCGGAGAAACGACUUGGGAGGUGUUCUGUGGCCUUGUAUGGUGUAGGGCACAUGCUCAAUGACAUUACAUCUGCUUGUUGGUUCACAUACCUUUUGGUCUUUUUGACAGAUAUUGGUUUAUCUCCAAGAAAAGCUGCAAUUGUCAUGCUCUCAGGUCAGAUAGCUGAUGGAUUGGGAACCAUUUUUGCUGGUGAACUGAUUGAUAGAUUUGGACAUUUCAAAGCAUGGCAUGCUGCUGGAUCUCUAUUGGUUGCCAUCUCAUUUUCAUCGGUAUUUGGUGGUUGCUUGCCUUGCAAAAUAUUUGGUUCUAAUUCAUCUCUUUUGGAAACUAUUGGGUAUAGUGUGUUUGCUGCAAUAUUCAAUAUCGGCUGGGCUGCUGCUCAAGUAUCACACAUGUCAAUGGUGAAUUGCAUCACUUUGAAUUCAACAAGCAGAGUCGUGUUAGCUAGCUGUCGCAAUGCCUUUACAAUGGUUGCAAACCUCAGCUUGUAUGGAGUUGCUUUUAUUGUAUUCAACAUGAACACCUCAAGGAAAGUAGCUGCUAUUGAGAAUCAGUACCGCUGGAUAGCGUAUGUCUCAAUUUUCAUUGGAUGUUGCUUUGUCGGCAUGUUUCUUCUUGGAACUAAAGAACCAAGAUUGAAACAAAAAGCUCAUGUUAAUGGCUAUGUUAGAAUUUGUUGGAGUUAUUGGUUUAAGAAAAUUCUUUAUCACCAAGUUGCUCUUGUUUAUGUGCUAACAAGACUUGUUACUAAUGUUUCACAGUCAUUUCUAGCUUUCUAUGUUACCGAUGAUCUACAAAUGAGCCACUCUGCAAAAGCUUUGGUCCCUGCCAUCAUCUACAUUUGGAGCUUCAUUGUUUCUGUUGUGCUACAGGAGCUAACCUGGACUAGCCAACGGAUAAAAGUCUUUUAUAGUGUAGGAGGCCUCCUUUGGAUAUUUAGUGGCAUAGGAAUACUGUUGCUCCCAAGAAAUAUGAAUGCCAUUAUGUACAUCCUGUCAGUCGUGAUUGGUGUUGCGAAUGCCCUGAUGAUGGUAACUGGUGUGAGCAUGCAAAGUGUCCUGGUUGGCGAAGACCUUAAUGGUUGUGCUUUUGUGUAUGGGUCGUUGAGCUUUAUGGACAAAAUGUCAUGUGGGGUGGCACUGUUCGUUCUUGAGUCAUUACAGAACUCAACACCAGCUCUGGGUAGAGGAAGCUAUAAUCAUGCUUACACUAGUCUCUCCAUAACACGGUAUGGUGUCGGUUUUGUUCCUGCAAUUUGUGCUCUUGCUGGUGUGAUUGUCACCUGCUCCAUGAAACUCCAUACACCGCAAAUAAAGCCCUUAGCUGAACCCCUUUUAGCCUAACACACACAGACUUGCACUAGAAAAGAAUACAGGUUGUAGCUAUAGAUCGAAAUUAUACAGGUUAAGUUUGUGUGCCUUACCAGAUCGGUUGGAAGGACCACUGCCCACAUAGGAGAAUAGGAAAUUACUGUAUCACUAUUCUUACAAACUCUAAUUACUUCGUGUAUAAAACAAACUCUAAUUACUUCACAUUAUAUUUACCCUCAAAAUUGUUCAUAUUUUAUCUGAUCUUGUUAGUUUGUUCAUGAAAUCAAGUGUUGUUCAUGCUUAUUUAUUUGGCAUG